AUGGGAGCCGUUGACGAGUUCAACAGCUUGGCUUUCGAACGUCUCGAGCUCGCCGCCACCUACACCGAUCUCUCCCUCCAAUUGGAGAAGCUGCUCGAAGAGGUCAGGAGUGAGACUUCAAGGGCUAGAUCUAUUAAUGGCCUCACUUUGACGGCGGCCGCCGGACCGGGCGCCACCGAUCUCGAGCCGUACACAAGGGUAAACGUCAGUGGCGAUGACUUCUCGCUUCAGGACUUCGAAGCGUCGGAGGAGGGCGACAGCAAGGUACGAAAGCGAACAUCGACGAAGGGCAAUUCGGAUGAGGAGCCCAAGGAGAAGACUGACGAGAAGAAGCAGGGAUUGCCGCAGGGCGCCUUCCGCCCGUUCGGCAUCUUGGAGCCGAAUUCGGCAAAGGACAAAUCUCGGCUCUAUCUUCGCUUCAACGUCAAAGCAACAGCAACAGCAGCCGGUGGAAGCCUCUCAGAAAACAGUUCAGAAGCGCCCCAAGCGCAGGUCAAGACGCUGCUCUCCGCCUCCAUCACCUCGUUCUUCAAGAUGGAGGCUAGCGAAGGAUGGGCCCCAUAUGGAAAACUAGGGCUCGCCCUGUUGAUGCAGCAGAAUGCCUUGCGAGUCGUCCUCUACACGCCCGACAAGCGACCCGUCCAUCAGUUCGUUCUGCAGAGAGGCGAAGAAGACUUCCGCCAUCAACUCUCCUUCAACGGGCUGUACAUCUACUUCCAUCGGGUUCAAGAAGGCGAAAAGCAGCUCUCCAUCGUCUUCGCCGAAGCUCAACGAGAGGCGCUGCUCACCUUUGCGGCUUGGGUGAGUUUACAAGGAGUUGGACGAGUUCGUGUGAAAUACACAAAAAGGAAGGCACAUUCA